UUUAACAAGAAGUUGGGAGACAGGUUUACCAACUUGUUGACAAUCUGAGCUGCAGUGUGGUUUACCCUCACUCGCUCCCUGGGCUCUGCCAACUACAAUUUACGUUUUUUUAGGAGGGGCGAUUUUUAAAAAAUAUAUAUACUUUAUUUUUUGUAAUUUCCUUUCUCUGAAAUAGGAUGGUGGACAGCGUUUACCGAACUCGAUCCCUCGGGGUUGCAGCGGUUGGUUUGCCUGACCAGUACGCGGAUGGUAAAGCUUCUAAAGUCUGGCAGCUUUAUAUAGGCGAGACGAGCAGCAGGACUGACGAGUACAGGAAUGCGGUGCUACAGCUUCUCCAGAAGCACAAUUGUCGCCGGAUCCUGGAUGUGGCUUGUGGCACUGGAGUGGAUUCCAUUAUGCUGGUGGAAGAAGGCUUCACCAUGGUGAGCACUGAUGCUAGUGACAAGAUGUUAAAGUAUGCCUUGAAAGAAAGAUGGAACAGGCGGAAAGAAGCAGCAUUCGACCAAUGGGUAAUUGAAGAGGCUAACUGGCUAACACUGCCCAAAGACAUUCAGAAGCCUGGAAAUGGAUUUGAUGCUGUCAUUUGUUUAGGAAAUUCAUUUGCACAUUUACCAGACUUUAAAGGUGAUCAGAGCGAUCAGAAGCUGGCAUUGACCAACAUUGCCAGCAUGGUGAAACCAGGCGGAAUCUUAAUCAUCGACCACCGUAACUAUGAUGCCAUACUAGAAACAGGCAAUGCACCCCAGGGCAAGAACAUUUACUACAAGAGUGACCUGACCAAGGACAUUUCUACCUCCAUCCUAUUUGUAAACAACAAGGCCCAUAUGGUGACGUUGGAUUAUACAAUUGAGGUGCCAAGUCAGGAAGAAGAAGAACAUGAUGUCAGCACAUUCCGUUUGUCCUACUACCCUCAUCGUGUGGAUGGUUUCACUGAGCUGCUCAAGACCGCAUUCCAAGGAAAGUGUGACCAUACGCUGUAUGAUGAUUUUAAGAUCCACAAACCUAACCAGGGUGAUGUGCCUUGCUAUUACAUCCAUGUUGUGAAAAAGACUGGUUGAAUGUUAUCUUUUUGCGGAAGAUGUGUGCUUGUCUCUAAAGCCCAAGCAAGCAUAUGAGGUUAUAUAGUAUAUAGAAAAAAAUAAAUUGAAAAAUAGAGUAAGAUAAAAUGGCUUUUAGAAUAAGCAAACUGAUAUGGUCAUGUUUCUUAGUUAUCAAUUGGUACUGAUAAGAGCUAUCUGCUAAAUUAUUACUGUAAUUAGAAAUGGCAUGGCUGAAUUGGUUUACAUUGGCUCAGAGCAUCAACGUCAAGGAAAUGUUAGGACUGACUGACGUUUAUACCUGUGAGACAUUUGCACCUGUGAGACAGAUUAAAUAAGUAAUUUUUAAUAAGAUUAAAUAACCUGUGUAAAUAAGUUAAGUGUUUAUGAUGCACAGCAAAGUUGGCCAUAUGUUUAUGCCCAAAAUGUUUGGGCACUUUCUAUUGCCUCUUGUGAGAUCAAAAUUAAACCAAGCUACACAAUAGUACUCAAUAUUCCUCCGACAAUGGUGUUCUCCGGUUAACAGCCUUUGCUUUGAAUAUUCAAAAAAAUCUUUAAGCUCCAAUUAUACACUUAGUUAUUCUAUUUCUAAUGGAGCAGUAUUGAAUGUAGGAAAAGCAAAAUCUAUUAAAAAAUGAUAGUUAUAGUACAGUGAACUUCUUCCUCAACUUUGAAACAACAGGAGAGUCAGGAGCUACCACUGGGAUUGCUAAUUGAGUACAGUGUUUGGGUCACUGGAUACCAGGAUUGAAUUGACUGGUUUUCUGGACAUUUCAGUGAUGUUAUCAGCGCCUUUGGUAAUUUGUCACAUUUUGCACCCAUAUCUAUCCAUCUGUAAUUCCCACAAUGGUAAUUGAUAUUCUACAAUUACUUAUGUUUCAGCUUCUAGACUGGCUAGAAGCAAUUUCCACUGGACAAUACAUAUAGUAUAGUCCCUGCAACACACUCAAUCCUCAUCACCUCCAUGAUUCUAAAAGAUGGAGCUUCUACAACAUUGAGAGAGCCCUAGCAAGCCUCUUACCAACUUUCUCAGCCACAGCAUGUGACAAAGGAGUUGUAAUGAAUUGACCAUAACUUAACAUUUAAAACCUCCCUAGCUCAUCUGUAGUACAGGCUUAGUUAGGUAGGCAUCUCAAUUACUUAUGCUGAAAAAAUCUGAAACAUUCUCUCAGAUGCUUCAUUGCUGUGGUCCUAAACACUAAUGUGCUGAUCUUCAAGGCAGUAGAUAACCAGAGCACUGUAACUUCUCUGCCAUCCAAUUGGUAAGUUUGGAAGUCAUGAGGCAAAAUGUUCACAUUGGAAUAAUCAGGAGAAAGUAUUUCAGCCCUGAUUAUAAUAUCAAGGAUGAUUUGGUUAAAUGACAGGUUGCUUUGUCAUAUCCAGGAAGGGAGAGGGAAAUCAGCCUUGAUACCGAUUUACUGUUACUUAAUUUCUCUCUCACCAUGAUUUUUUGCUCCAGAAGGAGACCAAAGUGGGUGUAUCAGAGUAGUUGAGAGUUGCUGGAUCAUAUUACAUUAGUGUUAAGAACCCUGUCUCUUCAUCAGUCAUAUUAGGCUCUUGUCCCUGGUGAAUCAGAAUCCAAAAGCACAUUUUAACAUUUUAAAAAGGAACUUUGUGAAAAAAACACAGUAAAUCCAAAGAAGGUACAUUUAGUCAGCGGCCCAGGUUUGUUUUGCUGAAAGCAAAAUAGCAAAAGCAGUUUCUAUCCCUGCACCUGAUAAAAAUCAGAUUCUAAAGAUUCAAGUGGCACUUGUAGAGGAAAAUAUAACUUUUUUCUUUUUGACUCACUGUAAAAUAUCGUAGAUUCAUAGAGUUUGUGCUGUGACGAAUGUUGGGAUUUAGAAGAUUUUGUUAUUGUGUACAUGCUUGCGAUAUUAAUUAAUUUAAAUCAUUGAUUAGAACGGUAUGGUUAAUUUAAAAGCUUAUGAGGCUACUGUAGAUGCUGUUGAUAUUUGUGAUUUACCUUUUGUGUACUGGCAAUAAAAACAUUCCACUCAUCA